AUGGCCAGUAGUACUCAUCAUGAGUUGAAAGAAACCAAAAUGUCUAUGUACAUGCACGACUUCAGCGCCGGUCCAAACAUCACGGAUAUACCAGUUGCUGGUAUUGCCGGAAAGCUUUGGGUGUUUAACCAAUUUGGCACAGUUUACGUCGUUGACGACUCCUUAACCGAAGGCCCGAGCCGUAAUUCGACAGUAGUUGGCCGAGCACAGGGUAUUGUUGUAACAGCAUCACUAGACGGACGUAACGCCCUAGUUUUGCUGUCGAUUGUGUUCACAAACAAAAAGUACAAUGGCAGCACUAUUGAGAUUCAAGGAAACAGUAAGCAAUUUGAGCCGAUAAGAGAGGUGGCUGUGGUUUCUGGUACUGGUAAGUUUCGGUUUGCUAGAGGGUAUGCUACGUUUGAAACUUACUUCGUCGACCAGCCAACUGAUUACGCUGUUAUACGCUCCAAUAUUACAGUGCAACACUAUUAG